AUGGUGGACAGUGUGGUUACUUUUGCUCUGGAGAACUUGUCACGACUGCUUGUUAGUGAAGUGACAUUGCUUGCGAGCGUGGAGGAUCAAAUCAAGUCCCUACGUGAUGAAUUGAGUUUCAUGGACAUUUUCAUUAAGAGUUCUAAGGGAAAGCGUGAGGAUCCGUUGGUGAGAGAAGUGGUGAACCAAAUCAUAGAUGUGGCAUACCAAGCUGAAGAUGUAGUAGACACCUAUGUCGUCAAUGUCAACAAGCAAAGAAGCAGAAACAUGUUUGGAAAGUGCUUCCAUAGUAAACACCAUGUGAUGAUGCUCCAUGAGGUGAAUGAUCAGAUUAACACCAUCAAGAAAAGGAUCAAUGAGAUCUAUCAAAACAAGUCCAAAUAUGACAUCCAACAGGGUGAUUUUGAAAGUACUAUCGAAAACAAAGAAUUUGCAAAAGAUUCUUCAUUGCUUGCAAGAAGGAGGGAUGUAGAAGAAGAUGAGGUAGUGGGCUUGGUACAUGACUCUGAUGAGGUGAUUAGCCACCUUGAUGAAAGAGGAGAUUCGAGUCGUAGAGUUGUUUGCAUAAUCGGCAUGGGUGGGUUGGGAAAGACCACUCUUGCUAGAAAGAUCUACAACAGCAACAAGGUUAAAUGCAUGUUCCCGUGUCGUGUGUGGGGUUUUGUGUCCAACUAUUAUAGAGCUCAAAAAUUAUUAAUGAGCCUUUUGAAACUUUUGGGGUUAUCGGCAGAGGAGUGUAAAGAUUUAACUGAUCAAGAAAAAAUGAAAGAAAAGGUCAAAGAAUGUAUGAGUGGAAAGAAAUAUCUGGUAGUCCUAGAUGAUAUCUGGAAAACUCAAGUGUGGGACGAGUUGCAAAAAGCCUUUCCUGAUGACAACAAUGGUAGUAGAAUAUUGAUAACCACACGUGUGGAAGAUAUUUCUCAUUAUACAAGAGCAUCUUUCACCUACAGACUUCCAUUUCUUGAAGAAAGUCAAAGUUGGGAACUAUUCUGUAACAAAGUGUUUUGCAAAGAAAAAUGUCCUCAUGAACUUGAAUCUCUUGGCAUGGAGAUGACUAAAGCCUGUAAAGGUUUGCCACUUGCUAUUGUUGUGUUAGCAGGUAUGGUUGCAAAAAAAGAGAAAUCACAAAGAGAAUGGCAUAAAAUUAAGGAUCAUGUUUCUUGGUAUCUUGCUCAGGAGGACUAUAGAAUUGUGACCGAUAUUCUGAAGCUUAGCUAUGAUGACCUUCCACAAAUAUUAAAGCCAUGCUUUCUUUAUUUGGGGGUAUAUCCUGAAGAUUAUGAAAUUUCUGUGAGAAUAUUGUGCCGACUGUGGAUAGCUGAAGGGUUCAUUCAGGCAAAAGAAGUUGGAACAUCAAAUUCACCAGAAGCAGAAGAUAUUGCUGACACGUAUUUAGAUAGACUGGUAGAACGGAGCUUGGUGCAAGUAGCAAGCAGGAGGAGUGAUGGAGGUGUGAAGACAUGUAGAGUCCAUGAUCUUCUCCGCGACCUCUGCAUUUUAGAGAGCAGAGAAAAUAAGUUUAUGGAAGUAUGCACAGAAUUGGAUAUUAAUAAGCACAAUUCCCGUAGGGUCUCUCUCCAGUACAGAGGAAAAUUCUGGCCAAUCAAAGACAACCAAUCACAUGCACAUGCACGCUCUCUACUCCGUUUUGGUGAAAGGGCUUAUUGGAAUGACAAAUCACAAGGGUGGAAGCGGAUAAGGAAUAGUUUCAAGCUGGCUCGUGUAUUGGACAUGAAUGACGUGUUGCUAUAUUUAUCACCAAGUAGUGAAUUGAAGACCCUGAUCCAUCUCAGGUACUUGAAAAUGACAAUACGUGAUUCAGAAAUUAUGAAUAAUACUUUAGAUUUUAUAUGCAACUUUUGGAAUCUAGAAACGUUGCAUUUAAUGUUUGAAGAGUAUUGUUCUAUUACUCUACCUAGCAAAAUAUGGAAGCUCAAGUCACUCAGGCAUAUUCAUUUAAAGUAUUACGUAAAAAAAUGGACUUGGGGAGCAUCAAUGUCGAAAAUGAAGAUUGGAGAAGCGAAGGUGGAGAACCUCCAAACUUUAGGUGACAUCUCUCUUGAUGUACGAACAACAAGCUUCUUAAAUAAGGGCAUGUUUCCCAACUUGACAAAACUAACUUUAUGUAGAAUGGAGGGACGACAAGAAGAAGAAGAAGAGUUACUAGGGAAGGUUCUACAAUGUCUAAACAAACUCCGUACCCUAAAGCUAAUUGGCAUAUCAGAGAUUCUAUUAGAUCCAAAUGUGUUUCCUUCAAGUCUUACCAAGAUUACCAUAAAACAUUUUUCUAAACUGGAUCCAAGAAUCAUCAAGACUCUAGGGCAGCUUCCGUACCUGCAAAUCUUGAAACUUUGUGAGGGAAAGAUACAUGGCUAUGUUAAUUGCGGAGCUGGAGACUUCCUGAAGCUUCAAGUGCUACAUGUGACUGACGUUUCAAUGGUCGACGCUGACAGCUGGAAAAUAGAGGAAGGAACAAUGCCUCACAUUCGCCAUCGCCUGAUUCGCAUUAUCCCUGAUGAGACAUGCUAA